CGAAGAAGAGAAGAAGCGAACAGGAAUAUGGCGCUUCAGGCGGAGCGGGGCGUCCCGUUGAGCACCCUUUGUCCCAAGUUUCUUCACUCCAACUCCACGAGCCACACCUGGCCCUUCAGCGCCAUAGCAGAGCUCAUAGACAAUGCCUACGAUCCAGACGUCUGCGCCAAGCAGUUCUGGAUCGAUAAGACUGUGGUCAAAGGAGAGGAAUGCCUCUGCUUCAUGGAUAACGGGAAUGGACUGGACAAUCAAACCAUGCAUAAAAUGCUCAGUUUUGGAUACAGUGACAAGACUGCUGUAAACGGUCUGGAGCCAAUUGGAAUCUACGGCAACGGCUUCAAGUCUGGAUCCAUGCGACUCGGCAAGGACGCCAUCGUCUUCUCGAAGUCCAUGAACUCCUCGUGCGUGGGGAUGUUGUCUCAGACCUACCUGCAGAAGAUUGAGGCCAAUCAAAUAAUAGUACCUAUUAUUUGUUUUGAAGAACGGGAGAAAAAUAAGCGCUCUGUACCAGACGAGUACAAAGCCAGUCUGCAGGACAUCCUGAAAUAUUCCCCCUUUAAGACAGAGGAAGAACUGCUCGCUGAGAUUGACGCCAUCGCUCAGCAGUGGUCCGCAACCAAAACUGGCACCCGAAUCAUCAUCUGGAAUCUGCGCAGGACGUCUUCAGGAACAACAGAGUUUGAUUUUGAGAAAGACAGAUACGAUAUACGCAUUCCAUCCGAGGUCUACGAGACGCUGAAUGACGCUGCUCAGAAUUCAGACAGUGCCAUCUCACACACUCCAGAAAGUGUGUUCUCGCUCCGGGCUUACUGCAGCAUUUUGUACAUGAAGCCUCGGAUGCAGAUCGUUGUGCGUGGCGUGAAGGUGAAAACUCAACUCAUCGCCAAGAGCCUGGCCUGGAGACGGAAGGAUCACUACAAACCCACAUUCCUGAAUAAUUUUCGUAUCCCUAUAACCUUUGGCUACAACACCAAAAGUAAAGACCAGUAUGGCAUCAUGAUGUAUCACAAGAAUCGUCUCAUCAAAGCCUACGAACGUGUGGGCUGUCAGCUUAAGGCCAAUAACAAAGGCGUCGGAGUCAUUGGUGUCAUUGAAUGCAACUUUCUGGAGCCGACUCACAACAAGCAGAACUUCCUUGAGUCUGAUAAAUACAGGAAAACCAUGAUCAGUCUGGGCAACAAACUGGAGGAGUACUGGAAGGAAAUACGCUUUCGCAAGAGUAAAGAAAAUCCAAACAGCACCGUGCCGGUGGAGGACACCAUUAAGCGGCCGGAUCAGAACUGGGUCCAGUGCGACGAGUGCUCUAAAUGGCGCAAACUCCCCGACGGGAUCGACUGCACCAAGCUGCCCAAUAAGUGGUUCUGCCGCAUGAACCCCGACCCUCAGUUCAGGAGCUGCGACAUAGAAGAAGAGCCUGAAGACUCUGAUGAUGAUCAGCCUUCCUACCGCAAGACCUACAGGGAACAAGAGAGAGAGGACAGAAGAAAACUGUUGGACCAACAGAUGGCUGAAGAGAGAAAACGUCGGGAAGCGCAACGUUUAGCUGACAUGUCCAGAAAAACCGAGGCUCUUCAAAGACGACGGGAAGAGCUGAAACGAAAUCUGCGUGAAAUGGCUAUCAGCUCACCUUCCACUCCCAUGACCCCACGCAGUAUCGCCAUGAGGGCUGAAUCCUCGCCGCAGUCUUUUUCUACUCUUUCACAAGCGGCCUGCAGCCCCUCCAGCAGUCUUCCUGUCAUAACAGACGUCCGCUCGCUAUCCACGGAAACCCAGAGGAAAAGAACCUUUCCCUUCACUCCACAAACACCAAAGCACCCUCAAGUGAAUGGCUUCCACAGGAAGACGGCGGUCGCACCCAGCUCGUCCACCGUGCCCGUCGUUCGCAUCGACGACGAUGCCGACGAUGACCUUGUCAUCCUGGAGAACGCCAGUACGCCCAAACCCCAGCAGGCCGGCCCCGAGAAGAAAAAGGUGAAGCUGGAGAAAGACGACAGUGGCGUUGAAAUCAGCAUGCUGCUAGAAUGCACCGACGACGCUGCCGUGGACGACGCCCCGGGGGCCGAAGGGUCGGACUCUGCAGUGGGAGGAGCCUCCUCCCUCACAAACCCCUCCAAUAUGGCCUCCAUCACCACCCAGACGGAGGCUCCCAAGGUCAAGCAGGAGGCUUUGAGCCAAAAUUCAACUGAAGCGGAGCCGAUGGAAGCGCAGAACACGGGUACCAAAAACGUUCCGGCACAGAGGUCUGACUCGGACUCCCGCGACUUUGAAGAGAGGGAGUUUAAGCAGGAAAGCGAAGGGGACACUCCCACCGAGGCUCGAGGGCCGCCGCUGUUACACAACGGCGUGGGAAGCGGUGAAAAAGCCGGGCCCUCUCAUGCAAACGCAGACAAGGAAGCGCUCUAUCCAGCACACUUCCACAGUAUCAACGAGGUGCAGGAACAGCAGGACCGGCUCAUGGAGCUCAUGCAGGAAACGGCGAAGGAAAGAGACGCUCUCAAAGAACAAGUCCAUCAGCUCACCUGCCAGCUGGAGGAGAGGAGUGUGAAGAAGGAGUGCUCACACCAAGCCAGCCAAACGGACGCCGCCGAGCAGAGGAACUACAGGAGCCUGCUCCAGAGGGCCAAGCAGAAAGUUGAUGAGCUGAUUGAACUGAGUAAAGACAGCGAAGCUUUGAGAUUAACGACCGACACUGAGGACAGUCCCACUGAGGCUCCAGGGGAGGCGGACGACACUGAUGGGAUCGCUCUGAAAGUCAAAAGUCUGAUCCGGCGACUGGCUCAGACCAACAAGGAGAAGGACGAACUGCGCUCACAGGUGGGAAGUCUGACGGAGGAAAAGACGAAGCUGGCAGCCGAGUGUGAAAAGCUCCGGUCAAGCUUGCAGCAGCAGAGCGAAGAAGCUCCAUCCACCAGCGGUUCCUCCGUUCCUCCCCCUGGAGAGGAGGCGGGACAGUCGGACGCGUUGAGAAGCUUGAUUCAGCUCCGGCACAACGUCGGCCGAUACCUCGUCCCACACGUUCCCGCUCUGGACCUGGAACAAGUGAAUUUCGAGUGCAGCGUCAUCGAUGAGAUCCUUGAACAGCUCCUGAGUUCUCCUUAGAUACUCCUGAAUAAACACAUUAAUAAUGUCAUGACGGGUUUGGGUGCAGCGUUUCAGCUUCAAAUUGCAAACAGAGACUUUUUUUUUGCUUGUUUUUUGUUUAAGUUUAUACAUUUUCUGUUUAAAUUAUGAUCUACUUGCCUCUUUUUCUGAAACGAAAAAGCAAAAAAGGGUCAUGAAAUACCAUUUCAGCAUCGGUGCUCUUUACUUAUUAUAAAUUAUGGAAAUGACUCCUGACUUAGUAGCAUAAUCUUCUAGGUUUAGUUCUCAACUGAAUCAAUGUCUUAAAAAAAGGAUAAGUUUGUUGUGUAUUAUAGAUGUAUUUAUGUAUGUAGUUGCUGAAGUUCAUUUUUAUACUCUUCAUAUUUAGUCACGAUGCAUUCAGUGACUUCCUCAUUGAACCUGAAACCAUAGGUGAAUUCAUUCCUAUACCUUAAAGUAUCAUUUCAAGGAAUCAUCCUCUUAUAAUGGGAAUUAUUUCAGUGGCACAGAUGGGGGUUGUGUUAUGCUCACACUUCUUUUGUUAUGGUCCUGGAGAUGAAUUUUAGUACUAAAAAAUGUGAGAAAUUUACACUUCUAUAAGCUACAUUCACAAUUAUGAAUUCAGAGUAAUUCUGCUAACUCAUUAAUGCUCGUUUCUCAUUAAUGGUGUGGAAUCAAGCUUGACCGUCACAAGAACUAUGCGAGCAUUCUUAUGUUUUCCUAAUUUCAUUUAUUAUCAGGGACCGGAAGCACAACAUAUUGUGGAUUCAUGGAUGCAAUGUUUUCUUUGAAUAAAGUGUCUUGCUUUUUUACUGUACAGGCUUUGUUGUAAAUAAACUUUGUAAGCAUUAC